AUGUCCCACCUCAAAGAACCCGGUUUCAAGACCAGCGACGUCCUCGCCUCUCUGUCCGAGGUGUUCGAAAAAAUGCCCGAGGCGGAAAAGAAGAGUCAAAUCAAAAAGACCAACGGCGUUUUCCAGCUCAACGUCAAGAACACCCAGGGAAAGGAAGCUAUCUGGGUGAUCGAUUUGAAGAACGAAGGCAAAGUUUCGAAAGGUUCAGCCAAGAAGCCUGAUGUUACCAUCACCCUCAGCGACGAUACCUUUAUGGGUUUGGCGGAUGGCAAGGUCAAUGCCCAGAAGGCGUUUAUGACUGGUAGCUUGAAAGUCAAGGGAAAUGUGAUGCUCGCUACCAAGCUUGAUGGUGUUCUCAAGAGCGCCAAGGCAAAGCUGUGA